UUGUGGUGAAGAAGAGAAAGAUGAGUUCCAUAAGCCAAAGCAUUCUCAUGGCUUUAACAGUAACUGUUAACAAAUAUGCUUCUUCCAAUGUUCAAGCUGUACGCAGAAACGAUACCAAACGCGAUUCUUUAACCGCUCCAGUCGCUGAUUUAGGACGCAGAAACAUCCUCUUCUCCUCAACGUCCUUCAUCGCCACUGCUUUGACCAGCAGCGAUCAGCUUCUUCAGAAGUAUUUGAAGAAGACUGAGGAAAACAAAGCCAAGAAUGAUAAAGAGAGAUUGGACAGUUUUUACAAGAGGAAUUAUAAAGACUACUUUGAGUUUGUUGAAGGAUCUAUAAAGGGAAAGACAGAAGCAGAGCUCAUUUUAAUCUGUUGCGAAUUCGAUUUCUCAAUUAACCAUGAGCUCAAGCUUGUGGAUAAAAUGAAAGAAUUGAAGAGACGUGGUAUGACUCCUACUUCGUUGCUUCAAGACUAUGAAGGGGAUCAGGAUGAAAUCAAAACCGGUAAAGAAACCGGAAACAGUUCUAAAGCGACUGCAACUACUCCGGCGUUCGAUAAAAGCUUGUUUAAUCAGAGAGAGAGAUCUUUGGCUUUAAACAGCGAAGGACUUGAGGAGUUUGUUAAUUGUAGAAACGAAUUGCUUACUGUUGUUUCAGGGAUUGAUUCCGCGUGCUAGGAUCUUGCUGACAAUUGGAGGGACUUUCUUCUUGGGCUUUUGGCCAUUGAUAGUCUUAACUCUUGGCGCCUUCUCUGCUCUUUACCUUGCAAGUAUUUUUGAUAAGAUCAAGGAGUGUGCUUUUUUAAGAAAGUGGCAAAUGUAUU